GGACACGCCAUCAAGUGUUACCAAUGUCGGUCACCAAAGAGUUGGGAUGACUGUGUUCCUGGAAACGAUACGGCAUGCCCUUUGCCCACACUUGACAGUUGCUCGAAAGUCAAAAUAGUAUUAGAAAACGAGGAAGGCAAAAACGUCAGCGCUUUCGUCAAAUCAUGUGCUGAAAAAAAGAGUUGCAACGAGGACAGCUGCAAGUCUGCCGCACAGGCUCUGGGUAUGCAGUUCAAAGAUUGCGAUGUCAACUGUUGCGACACCGACCUGUGCAAUGGAGCCAACGUAACGAUGGUCCAACCUCCUUCCCAGGGAAAAGCCCUGGGAACGAGGUUGACGAUGGUCAGCAGCUUCCUGUUCUUGGCAUGCGUUCUAGUAGCUAAUUUCCGUUAA